AAUGGUCUACCUAGGGGGCACCGUCAAGAACAGCCCUAACCUCAGCCUUGGAGGCAGUGUGGACCUGGGGGGUACUGUCAACCUCAUCCUCAGCUUGGGGAACCAAGGAGACAGUCAUGUGGAGGUGAUGGAGGCUAAUCCUAGGGUGGGUGAGGAGGAGAGCACAGAGCCUGUCCACAGGCCACCUAAAACCUUUUGGAGGUGCUGCCAGGGUCUGUGGGAAAAUACUCUGGGUAGUUUAAAGAGAAAGAUUUAUCGCCAGAGUGCAGAACAGGACAACAACAUGACAUCAGCUCCUACAUACGAGAGUAUUUUACUGCCCCGCCUCCACACCAAGACCUCCUCCUCUUCAUCCCCCUCCUCCUCCUCCUCCGGGGCUCCUCAAUCUUGCGUCUCUUUCUCCUCCUCCCUGCCUAAGAACACCUCCAUCUUCUCUAGUCUGAAGAUAAGGAGCAAGAAGAGGAGAAGGAAGAGAGACGCUGGCCGCCACACCAUUCAGAAAAUCAUGGUUGUAGAGGGGGAGGAGCAGACAGAAGUGGCAUGUCCUGCUGAAGCUGCACCCCAGCAAAUCACGCUGUACGACACCCAGACCUGGCCAAUGAAGGAGGGCCGGAGGAAGAAGAAGAGCCUAUUAAAGGCCGAGGGGGUGGGGCCAGGGCAGGGGGUGGAACUUGUGGACUACAUGGAUAACCCAUUGGCCAGGGAUAUUGAAGAUGAAUGUUCUGGGGUCUCCACUGUCAGCCCCUAUGCAGUGACAGAGGCAGUCUCUAUAGCUUCACCCAGGGGCCAGGUGAGGAGCCACUGCAGGUUCCUGUCUCUGGGGUCUGUUUUGACCUUCGACCUCUCCAAAGACAUGAGGUUGAUCCCCAGUAUACAGGAUGUCAUCACUAUAGGACUCCCAGAACACAGGGGAACCCCCAACCCAAACCUCAAUCCCAACCCUCACACAGAGACACAUGCAGCCCUCAGCUCUUUCAAACAUACCCGCUCCCCUCCAUCAGACACGCACAGAGCAUCAGACAAUGAGGCCGUCACUACUUACAGAUAUGAAACAAUGACACAGAUACAGACACAGCCACUACUGACACUGACACAGCCACUACUGACACAGAUACAGACACAGCCACUACUGACACAGACACUACUGACACAGCCACUACUGACACAGAUACAGACACAGCCACUACUGACACAGAUACAGACACAGCCACUACUGACACAGACACUACUGACACAGCCACUACUGACACAGAUACAGACACAGCCACUACUGACACAGCCACUACUGACACAGCCACUACUGACACAGACACAGACACAGCCACACAGACACAGACACAGCCACUACUGA